AAUAGUGUCCCAGAACAGGGAAUCCCAGGUGGUGGGAAGAAAUAGCAAACCCUGAUUGGCCUUUUGAACUCACCCUCAACUCCUUUUCCUCAACAUUUUCCCCUCACACUUGGAUACCAGACAUUGAGUGUUGAGUCAUGCCAAUGUGAGCAGUAACACUCUUGCUUGUCGCUUUGCCAGGACACCUUGGUGCUCCAACAUUUCUAUUCAAUUAUCAGUUGGUUUUAAUUGGUGCUUUGAUGUUGGUUGGUUAAGUGAUGAUCAUUGUUUGAUGGCAGAUCAAAUGGAUGCUAAUGAUGUGAUCAAGUGCGUGGAUUUAAAUAAUGUUGAUAGUGCUGGUAAGUUGUAAUCCUAAUUUGCUGUCAGUUGUCAUCAAUCAUGUCUACCAAAACAAUAAACAAUGAACACAUAAAGCGGCCCAUGAACGCUUUCAUGGUUUGGUCUCGCGGACAAAGAAGAAAAAUGGCCCAGGAAAAUCCCAAAAUGCACAAUUCUGAAAUAUCCAAGCGAUUGGGUGCUGAAUGGAAGCAACUCAGCGAAUCUGAAAAAAGGCCCUUCAUUGACGAAGCUAAGAGAUUGAGAACUCUGCACAUGAAAGAGCACCCUGACUACAAAUAUCGACCGAGAAGGAAGCCCAAAUCCCUGAUGAAGAAAGAAAACAAAUUCGGGUUCACAUUGUCGCCACUAAUAUCAUCAAGCGACAUCAACGGACUGUCUCGGGGUCUUUUGCCGCCAUUAUCAGCCGGACUACCAAGUUCCCAUCACCAACAUCACCACCACUCACUUCUGAACCACGACGAUUUGAAAAUUCCCCGGUUCUUCCCUUCAUUUCCGUACUCCUUGUACCCAAUCCAGCCGUCUGCGAAAUUAAGCGAUAGCAUCAACAACGGGAACAAACUGGCUGCCGAUCUGACAUUCCAAGCUAUUUAUCACAGCGGAACUCUAUACGCGAGUCACCACGCGGUGAAUUCAUGGCCCAACUUGCCAGGAUCUCCAACAACGCCUACAACCACGUGCUUGCAGGCGAAUUGCAAUUGUUCUUCACCCAAUGCUGAUCAUCAGGUAGCCAAAGACAGCAAACGGGUGUACUUGCCGACUUUCAACGACAACAACAAGAGCAACGAGGAUUCCAUUGAUCUGAUCAACAGUCCAAUGAAAAUUGAUGACGACGUAAAUGUAGAUGGAAAUGAAGGGUUUGCAAAAACAGACGAAAAAGUGAAGGAUUGCAAUGAUGCCGGGGUGAUAGCUGAUAGCAAGAAUGAAUUCGACCACAAACCUUUUUCCACGAGCAGCAGCAGCAGCACCAGCAGUGUAAAUAACGCGUCUGAUAGCAAUAAUUUGUUUUCAGUUAAAAAUUUAACCUCUAAUUCGAACUCUACAAUCCAGCGCAAUCAUGUUAUUUGAAGACCGCUUCCGGUUCUCCCAGAUUUAAAUUUCCGGGGGAACCUGGUGUCCAAUUGGACACCCCCUGAUUGGUGGAGAAUUGAUCCUCUAAUUACACCAAUUAACCGUACAUCUGUUGCUACCGCCCCUUCUCCGUCAUCUAUUGCGUCACCGGGGAAUUUUUCGUCAACGAUGCCGGGCAAUGUUUUUAGAAACGAUGUCGAUGAUGAACGAUAAGUAUCAUUUGUGUUGUGCUAUUUGGUUUUUAAUGAAAAGACUGCACAAUAAAGCAAAGAUGGGAUGUUUAAUGAAUUUGGAUGUAAAUAAAAUUGGUUGGUUUUGUUUUUGUUGUUAGAAUUUUGGUAAUUUGUUUUUAGAUAAAGGCUUUUGUAGCAUUAACAGAGGUGCUGCGUUGUAUGUGUAACUAUCAUGCGAGAAUUUAUGUAAUUAGUGAGAUAAGUCUUUGGUACAGAAGGGGUGUUGCGAUUGAGGAAAGAUUUAAUUACGGUUUGGUCAUUACAUGCUUCUUUGGAUUUUUUAAAUUGAUUUAUGUGAUUAUGGGAUUUCGUUAUUUUAAAAAUAAAUAAAAGAAAUCAUGUUUUUCUGUUUAUGGUAUCAUGAAUGAUUAUAUGGAGUCAAAUAUUAUCAUAAAUGAUGAUGUUUAGUUAUAUAUGGUCGCACAUAUUACUAUAAUCAAUGAUUACACAUAAUAAAUGAAUAUGACUGUAUGAUUUUGGUAAAAAUUCAUAAAUAACUCGCCAUGAUCAUACAGAAUAAUUAUGAUCAUAUGUGACCAUGAUCAUAUAGAAAAAUUAUGAUCAUAUGUGAUCAUGAUAAUAUGUAACGUAUACGGUUAUAUGUAAUUAUGAUCGUAUAGAAUAUGUAUGAUUAUGAUUAUUUAAAACAUGUAAGUUCAUAUGUGAACAUGAUCAUAUUGAACAUGUAUGAUCUGUAGAACACAUAGACCAUAUUUGAUCACAAAUUGUUUAUGUUUUAAAUUGAAUUUAAAACUUCCUCACGCAAGUUCAAAAAUUGCAACAUUUCUUCCCUAAUUUUUGUAACGCUCAAAAAAAGAAAAAUCUAA